AUGGUUAGAUCAAAAGACAAAACAACGUCUGCUCAUGAGUUGAUGGUUACGGCUAUUUCAGAUGUUGUCAAACAAUUGAUCGAAGGUUAUGAACAAGGAAAAGAAGUGAAUCUGAAUAAAAUUAAAUGUAAAGCAUCAGCAAAAUACGGUCUUAGUUUGCAGCCUCGUUUAGUGGAUAUUAUAGCUGCAAUUCCUGAAAAUUACAAAAAAAUUCUAUUACCGAAAAUCAAAGCAAAGCCAGUUCGAACAGCUAGUGGCAUUGUUGUCGUAGCUGUUAUGUGUAAACCACAUCGUUGUCCUCACAUAGCUAUGACAGGAAAUAUUUGUGUUUAUUGUCCAGGGGGGCCCGACUCUGAUUUUGAAUAUUCUACACAAAGUUAUACUGGUUAUGAGUUGAAGCAAUUGGGUCAUAAUAUUGACAAAAUUGAAUUUAUAGUUAUGGGUGGAACAUUUAUGUCAUUACCUGAGACAUAUCGUGACUAUUUUAUUAGAAACUUGCAUGAUGCAUGCUCUGGUCAUACAAGUAGUAACGUUACGGAAGCAGUAAAAUAUUCAGAAUGUAGUAAAACAAAAUGUAUUGGCAUUACAAUUGAAACAAGACCAGAUUAUUGUUUAAAAGUUCAUUUAAGUGAUAUGUUAGCAUAUGGUUGUACACGUCUUGAAAUUGGUGUGCAAUCUGUUUAUGAAGAUGUAGCACGAGACACAAAUCGAGGUCACACAGUGAGAGCAGUAACCGAAUCAUUUCAGAUGGCAAAAGAUUCUGGAUUUAAAGUUGUUUCACACAUGAUGCCAAAUCUACCGAAUGUCGAUCUGGAGAGGGAUUUGUGGCAAUUUAAAGAGUUUUUUGAAAAUCCUGAUUUUCGUCCUGAUGGUCUCAAACUAUAUCCAACCUUAGUUAUUCGUGGCACAGGAUUAUAUGAAUUAUGGCGUACAAAUCGUUAUCAGAGUUAUUCACCUUCAGUGUUGAUCGAUUUAGUUUCACGAAUAUUAGCAUUAGUACCACCGUGGACACGUGUCUACCGUGUUCAACGUGACAUACCGAUGCCACUUGUGACAUCUGGUGUUGAACAUGGAAAUUUGAGAGAAUUAGCAUUAGCUCGAAUGAAAGAUUUAAAUAUUGAAUGUCGUGAUGUUCGAACUCGAGAAGUUGGUAUACAAGAAAUUCAUAAUAAGAUAAAACCGGAACAAGUUGAAUUAAUUCGACGUGAUUACGUCGCCAAUGAUGGAUGGGAAACAUUUUUAUCAUAUGAAGAUCCCGAACAAGAUAUUCUAAUUGGAUUAUUACGUUUAAGGAAAUGUACAAGCGAAACAUUUCGUCCUGAAUUAAAAAAUGGUCAUGUAUCGAUUGUUCGAGAGUUACAUGUUUACGGAUCGGUUGUGCCCGUACAUGCCAAAGAUCCUCAAUCAUUUCAACAUCAAGGUUAUGGAAUGCUGUUGAUGGAGGAAGCUGAACGUAUCGCAUUGCAAGAACAUGGUUCAUGGAAAAUUAGUGUAAUAUCAGGUGUUGGUACGCGUAAUUACUACAGAAAACUUGGCUAUGAACUAGAUGGACCGUAUAUGUCAAAAACAUUGAUUCUAAUGAAAUAG